UACCCUACCUAUUCUUGGUACUCGGAUGUAACAUGAACUUGUAACCUAACCUUGGCCAUGAGUUCACAUAAAUAGGCUUGAGCAGAAGAAAGUAAAAACAAUAAUCUUUCUCUCACAGUUCCAAAGUGGUUCUAAAAUAUAAUACGAAAACUAUGGAGCUUCUGAAAUAUACCUUGAUGAGUUUGCUCGUGACGUGUUUGUCAGUGGCAGCUGAUCCAUUAAAACAAAAACCACAGGCAUUAAAUACUUCACCAGCUAAAAAUUCUCAACAGCAAGUAGCUAAUGAAUUAAAGCCAGAUUUUGUACCAAUAUACCUCUAUGCUAGAGAAGAAUCAUUGGAUGGUGAUUAUAACUACAAAUAUGAAACCGGAAAUGGCAUUUUCGCGGAAGAACGAGGCGUUAUGUUGAACAAAGGAACGGAAAAUGAAGCAAAUUCGGUAGUCGGCUCAUACAAAUACAUCUCGCCCGAAGGCGUACCUAUAGAGGUGACGUACACUGCGGGAGUAGACGGAUUCCGAGCAUACGGUGCGCAUCUGCCUGUAGGUCCGCCGGCAGCAUCAAACUUGCCCAAAAAUUUGGCAUUCAAGAACGUCGCCCAGACGACCGCCUUCGCCCGGCCGCCGCAGUUCAGGACGGUUAAUUCCGAUUCACCGAAGGACGGUAGACAAGUGUUUUUUGAAGAGCAGCGUAAAACGGCGUCCGAGCCGUCCCAAGUUCAGCCGGAACAGCCCCAACUACAGUCGGAACGACCCCAAGAGCCACGGACGGUCGAACAGGUUAGCACCAACCAAGUAACCAACGACGUGGCGGAACAGUCGCAAAACGUGUUGUUCGUGGGCAGAGAACCGACCGAAAAGCCGGUGGAGACGAUCGUCCGCGCAUCGGUGGCGGCGACUGACCAAUCGCAAGGCUCGUUGACCGGUAAUGCCCAAGACUAUUAUCAACAGUCCCGCGGCCAACCCAUUCCGGAACUUCAACCUACCUAUCCGGGACUGCAGUCGAGACCUGCACCGCAGCCGUCCGUCGUACAGAGGUUCGAACCACCCAGAUCGGUCGCACCGUCCGUUGUACCAGUCCUGCAGACAGUGCCUCAAAAUGUACAGACUCAGCCAAGAGUUGUGCCAGUGCUGCAAAGGCUGGCGCCUGGGGGAUAUCAACAACAACAGCAGCCUCAGCAGCAGCAAAUGUUGCAACUGAAUCAGUUCAACGCGAGACCGGUAGUGCAGCAACCGCCUUUCAACCAGCAGCAACGUCCCGGACCUGUACGUCAGUUCAACAUAGAACCACAACAGAUGUGGUACGUGCCGAACAACCCGCAAGGACGGUACUUUCAGAUGCCCCCUAUGCAACGAACACUUGGAUCGCCCAAAUACUAGUCUUCGUUUUCGUCAGCAAGUUCACCAGCACGCAGUCGAACAUCACUAAUUUUAAGAUCUUUUUUCCAUGUUUUUGCACAAUAAAAUGUUCAGUGGACGAUAUAAUACAAUAAUAUAUAAUAUUAUACUAUAAUAGGUACCUAUAAUAUAAAUAUAUAAUAUACGUAAUGUAAUAUCGUUAAGUUGUGCAGUAUUGUGUGCACAUAUGGUUUAGACGACGAUUGUUGUCUCAUGUAUUCGUGUGAAAAUAGAAAUUUAACAUAAAUCAAUAAAUUCGAUCACUUCACGCGUGAUCAAUGGGUACUUGAA